UGUGGAGCCUGACUUUGCUAGCCUUCUGUCACAUCAGUCUGAAAUUAGUCGUUCGUAGAGAACGCUGCAAUUCAAGUGGUGGUGAAUGGCCCUGUCCGUCUUGUUUGUGGCUUGUGCAGCGUUAAUGUGGCUGCCCAUUUAUGAGACAACUACUACGCACGAUAGCCAAAUUUCAGCAACGGUCGGGCAAUUGAGUAGCAAUUCAAGCAAAGGUGGUCCAGCAGGAAAUAGUGUUGAAGGACAUCGUGUUACGCCCAUGCCCAAGCAUCGCUUUUCUUCCAUGUUGUCUGCAUCCAAAAAGCUGAUAAAAGCCGGCACGUGUUCUCUUCCAGAAGACCCGUCUGUUGACUUGGCACUGGACCAUUCUGCCACCAACUUACCGGUUACUAAAAUCAUUUCGAUACCAGUAACAGACUUUUCUUGUCUUGAUCGCCAACCGGGAUACUACGCAGAUAACGAUCGCCAAGCAUCUUGUAAGAUCUUCCAUUAUUGUAAUGGAGAUGAUUCUAUCUUGUCCUUCAUAUGCCCAACAUGCACGUUAUUUCACGAAGAAAAGCAACUCUGCGACUACUGGUACAAUGUUGAUUGUAAACGAUGAAUAAGCUUCCAGGUGGCUACAUACAACCUGUCACCAAAUAUAACCAUUUACUAUUCCAAUAUCC